UCAUCAACAUAUACUGGCUUAGGAAGAAGGAGAGAGGGGAAAGGAGUGUGUUCAUACAUCUGCAAUGGCCAUUGAGCUUCUCUCUGGGGUUAAAUAUGGUUCGGUUUUGUCUCUUGCAGUGGUGCUGGUGGCGUAUUGGUUCCGAUCCCCGGACGGUUCGGUUCUGGACGAGAGACUGGACGCGGUUCUUUCUUCAUUACUGCGAGCGGAACAGAAAGUAGACAUGAACGUGUCCAGACCGCGAGUGGCCAUCGGUUUUGGCGGUUGUGUGGAUAUCAUAGUGGAUGGAGUGGCUCUGCUAAACAAAAUCGGUCUGAAGCCGACGGAUCAGCCCCUCCACCACGACUACAUAGAGAAUGCAGAUCAGCUGGCCCAGAGUUUUGCUUAUUUUUUCUCCCCUGGAGCUGCUUCCGAGAGGUUUGUGAUGAAUGACACUCUCUUCAGUGAACUGGUGGAAGCUUCUCGUGAAUUGCCAGGAAACAGGUGGUCUAUAGGAGGAAAUGCACCUGUCAUGGCCAGCAGGAUGGCACUAGAAGGAUGUGAUGUGCUUUUAGGGGGAAGUUUCAGCACAGAUUUCACCGACAUUCUGUCUCAGCGCAUCACAGUGGCAGGAAACACUGUGGAUGAGCCAGACAUCCAUCUGAUAAUGGAGUACCCUACAGGUGCCACAUGGGGGCCAUAUACCUCCCGAAGGGCCAACAGGUACAUUGUCCACAGUGAUGACCAUAAUCCAUACCUAGACUCCAUGGAGCAAUUUCAGGAGAAGCUGAAGGGAUAUAAACCAGAUCUUCUUGUGGUUGGAGGGCUACAGAUGAUGGACAGCUUCCCUUUCAAACAAGGAGAGCGUGAGUCUUUGUUGGGAAAACUGGCACAGAUGCUGUCCUCCGCGUCCCCACAGACCGCAGUCCAUUUCGAGAUGGCCAGCUUUGUGGACGAAGGUCUGAUGUCUGAUCUACUGGAUUUUGUUCUUCCACAUGCCGACUCUUUGGGCAUGAAUGAGCAAGAGCUGCCCAAUCUCCUGAGCCUUUUCCGUGGCAGCAACUUGACCGUGCUGUCCGACCCCAACCCUCGUGUAGCCACCGUGCUGGACCAGAUGCGAGAACUCUACCGCCUGGUAAACCAGCGCCACCAGGAGGCAGAGACAGGCCGCCCGCUCACACGCCUCCACGUCCACACGCUGGCUUUUCAGGCUAUCAUCGUCAAGCGUGGCUCCCAGUGGAAGAACACCAUGUCAGCCACGGCCAAAGCCUCUCUAACGGCCAACCGCCACGUUUGUGGCUCGCCGGACAUUGACCUCAGUAAAGCGCGGUUGAUCAUGGACGAAUCGUUCUCAGUGAGCAGACAAGAAGGCAGCCAGAGGAUCCCACUUAAAGAAUCGCGACCUGUUUCCUGUUGGGAUGAGGAAGACUAUGAGAUUUGCGUGGCGCCUGUGCUAGUGUGCACCGAGGUGUACCAGACGGCUGGAGGAGGGGACAACAUUUCCGCCGCUGGGCUCGUACUGCAGAUUUGAACACAAAAGCAUGUUUAUACAGUGCAGACAUGGAUGAGAUAUUCUUCGUCCCACAUGCUUUGGUUUUAUUUAGAGAUUUUUGCUAUUUUUUUUUUUUAUUGAUUUUGUUUUAUUUUUUGUGAUGAAGGCAUAGAGACACAUCAUGUGCAAUAUAAACAUUGGGUCCAAACGAUAUUUAGUUGGGCGAAUCUCACGAGACCUGUCAAGAUCAUGUCCGGGUCACAUUUCACCACAAAAUCAAAAGAAAGAAAUACGAAAUUUAUAUUUUAAAGAAAGAAAAUUGUUUGCAUUGUAACAUUAUAUUAUAAUGACUGUCAAGCAAAUUUAGCUUCUGAUUCUUAUCAACGUAAUGCAAAAAUAUUGAAUUUUCAUUACUGUAAUGCGUAAAAAAAAUACGAUAUAUUAAUUAAUUUAUACAGUAUUACUACAUUGUGGUAGUAUUUAUUGUACUGCCUUUAUUCAGAGUUACUGUAUUACAGUAAUAAGAUAAGAAUCACCAUUGACAAUAAUGGGAUUUAAAAAAAGAAUGCAUUAUGGUAAAGUGAUUUUGGGGGGCAAAAGUCAUGAAAAUAUCAUAAUUGUCAAUAAUAUGAUUAUCAAUUAUCAAUAAUUGUUGUAAAAUGUCACAAUGAAAAUAAUCAUAAUGGUCCUACAAAUAUGAAAUAAAUUUAUUUUUAUAUAAAAUUACCUAAAAAUAAUAAUUUUAUAUAUAUAUAUAUAUAUAUAUAUAUAUAUAUAUAUAUAUAUAUAUAGUGAAAAUGUAUAUGGGUGAAAUGUGACCUGGACGUGUUUUUGUGAGAUUCACCCACCCCACCUGUAGGUCACUGUUCUCUGUUUACAAAACAUCUUAAACAUCACUUAUACAUUGUCACACAAUAUUGUCUUAAAAUGUGUUCAGAAUCAUUCACUUUACAUUAUGCCAUCAGAGGCCAGUAAUCUUCUAAAAUACAAAGAAUAAUUUCAAGCACCCAGAGCUCAUUAUAUUAUGACUGAGAUCAACUCAUUGAAUGCACAAAAGCCCUGUGUUUAUCACAAGUGAAAAGCAUAAAACUUUAGCCUAACUGAAACGCUUCAGGGCUGUUUCAGACAAUUUUGGAUCAACAUCAAUAUUUUACUUAACACUGCUUCAUCCUCAUUGGUCAUAUUUUAUUUCUGCCUACUCAAGUCAUAUGCUUUUAUUUGUCUUAAAGCAGCCAUGUUGAAUUUUCUACUCUUUUUGCAUUCCAUAACUUCAUCGUACCCCACUUUUCUGUCUGCCGCUCUUAUUUUCUCACAUUAUCAUGUCUUUUAUUUAUCAUGUUUUUGACUAUGUUCAGAAUAGUAUCUACCAUACUAUUACUAUUGCUUACUAAUAUAUAGUAUACAGUGCACACCCUGAUGACCUAUGACUGCAAAGAGUUGAGACAUUUUUACACAAAAGUUUUAUUUCCUAGAUGAUAACUGGACAAAACUCAAUGUUUAACUAAAUUAAACAUGCCACGUGAUGACGAGGUGAUGUGACAACAGUGUAGCAUACUACAAUUUGAAAUGUUUAUUGCAGAAUAAUGCCAACUGUUUCCCCUACUAUUUAAAACAAAUUGUGGGCAGUCUACAGUAAGUAGUAAACUACUAUUCCAUUUCGAACAUAAACUUUAUCUCAUUUCCUAACAGUCUCAAUGAAUGAAUGCUAAAACAUGUCUCUUUUAUGGUUAAUUGGGGAACAUGGCUUGAUUUUAUCUCUGAUGGUAAAAGGGAAAUGUUUUAAGAGUAUAUUUGUUAGAAAUAUCUGAGUUUUCUUUUUUUUUUUUUAUCAAAGGCGAAACAUGGGGCAACUAUUCUUAAAAUGGAUGUAAUAUGAAACCAAAACCACUUAUUUCCUUAUGAACAAUUUUCAGUGUUUCAAAAACAACCUGCAUUUACAUAUUUGUAGGAGAAGGAUUUGAAGAACUUGCUCUGGUUGAACCAAGGGUGAUGGUGUAGAAAUAUACAGAAAUGUCCAAGCAAAUCUGGCUUCCAUUCUGCAUAGUCGCAUCUUCCACAAGUCACCCUGAGUGCAAAUGAUUACCUACCUCCUGUGCCUAUGAUGAUUUAUACAGAUGAACUGAUGUCUAUUAUGACCGAAUUAUAACAUAUACCUGCAUUUGUUUACACGAGGGUACAUUAGAGUGCUUGUCUAUGCUAGUGUAACCCGAUAACAGGAGAUAAAUAUGUCCCACCCUGACCGAGAUAUCGGGGUGAGUGCACUUAAACACUCACCAGCUGAUAUAUGAAAUGUCUCAGGGAUUACAGUAGCCUGGAUAGCCUAUGAUCCACAACACUUGAGUUAUAAUCAGUUAAGCUGGUGUGAUGAGACCGUUUAUCCUGGAUGAGCUCUGAGCCUGUGACGUACAUGACUGAAUAAUGGCCCAGUGGAAGAUUUGAAGAAUCUUUAGUGUGAACAAUAGUAAAUGUGAUUAAUUUGUGUAAUUAUACAUUAAUAAUACAUAAGGGCGUUUAAACGAACGAAAAAUAAGGGUUUACUCGUAUAUAAACCAAUUGUAGCAUUUGAAUGGUUAUCCUGAGUGUUGUGCUGGGUAAGCUGGAAUUGUCUGUUUUUCUUUCUUUCUUUUGCCAUGUGAAGUCUUUCAACAACACCUGUUUUGAAGGAAAAAAUCUUGUUUCUGAAUGACUUUAGUUAUGUAUGUAAUAAAAUAUAACAUUCCAUUUAUUAUA